UUUUUAUCAAAAUCCCCUAAAAUAUUCUCUAAAUCCGAGUAUGCAACGACGCCGCGCAGCUCACAUAGGGUGACAUAACCGACUCAAUGGUUUCGGAUUCUAAAUCGAAGAAAGGGAAACCCUAAUUUCACAAAUUAAGGAAAAAUAACAAAGAAUGGGUGGAAAGUGCCCGCACAGGAGUGUGAAGAAGCGCCGCUACUCUCACAAAACUGCUCGCCGCACUAAAUUUCUUGUUAAAGGCGACGAUGCUGUAUAUGAUGAGCUUCAUAAAGCUGAGGGAGAGGGAAAACCCUUGCCUGUUGACGAAGAUCUUCCUGGAAUGGGCCAAUAUUACUGUCUACACUGCGAUCGGUAUUUCGCUAACGUGGCUGUGAGAGAUGAGCAUUUCAAGACUAAAAAGCAUAGGAGGCGUGUGAAGCAAAUGAUGGGGCCUGCACCGCACACUCAACUCGAUGCUGAACUAGCUGCUGGGAUGGGAAUGCCAGAUAAUGGUCCAAAGUUAAUGUCGAUGUGAGUUAGUCUUGUUGGGUUUUUGGAUAAUGUUGACUGAGAUGUCGUGUGUUCUUUUAUGUUUGUUUAGACGACUGUUUAAAUGGUUAGUUGAUCCCUUUUCCCAAUUAUUUUAUGUAGUUAUAAUAGUUCUUUUUCUUGUUUAAUUCUUAGUACUUGUGUAUUUUGCUGAGUGCAAUGGAUUUGAGCCUGUGAUUGGCAAACUUUUCCUUUAAAGAUUUUGAUA